AAAAGACAGCAAAAGUAUUGGAACACUGGCUUCAAGUGGAUAAGGUUUGACAUAUUUGACGACAUAACCCGGAAGGCCUUCUUACUCUGCUCAGUUUUGAAAAUGUGCUGCAGUUCUGCUCCAAAUCGGAGGCGUUUCCGCUGCACAUUUGGGUCACUCCAGGUGGCCAUUUUUAAGGAACAAAACAACAAUGGCGACCGUGGAAGAGCGUCUGCGCGAAACAAAUGGACUUAAGUGACCAGAUGAUACGUUUAAUGAUCCUGCGAAAUCGAUCGAGAAGGUGCGACGCGGCGCCGGGAGGAACGGCGAGUACGUCGUCGCAGCAUGUGACUCAAACGAGCGACGACAACCUCCGGAGCUUGCAACUUUUUUGGGGAUGUGAGGUGAUGCGCAGGGCAACGCGUAGGUCACGUGACGCAACGUGGGAGUAUAAAGCGGCCUUGCCCCUCCCCCCCAUCAAGUCCUUUGUUUUGUCAUCUUGUCUUGUCACGUGACAACAACAAAGGACAACACGAGCAUUCUUCUCCUCCAAAAAAAAUAAAAUGGUGAAAAGGUGUCGCGUGGCAGUGUUCUCACGCGCUCGGGAGUAGACGUUUGUUCAAGGACCGCUUGAGCGGAAACGAGCUCGACUUCACUCAAGAGGACUCGCCGAGCAAGCGAACAACCGAAGCCGAUGAGAGUUUGCGGGCUGGCAAGAAAGAAUCGAUUGAUCCGGCCAACCGCUGACGUCACGGCGCGUGGCGUCCGACCUCCUCAAAAGCGCCUCUCGCGCGUCGCCGGCACGUCACAACGCCGCCGCCGCCGCCGGUCCGCAUCUCCGAUCCGCCAUCUUCACCGCUGCAGGCCUCUCUGAUGGGAUUUGGAGAAAGAGACGACAUGUCUGCUCGUCGCAACCACGAGAUGAGUGCGGUGCUGAGGGCGUCGCACCUUCCCCUGGUCCGCUCGGCACUGCAGUCGGUGACCUCGGCGUACUCGGAGGCCAAAAGCCGCUACCCGCUGCUGGGCCUGGUGGGCGGCGUGGCCGAGGUGGGGGUCCGAAACGCCUCCAUGGUGGCCUUGAGCCGCGCCGCGCCCCUCACGCAGACCCUCGGGCCUCAGAUUGAGAUGGCCAACAGUUUUGCCCUGGUGGGUCUGGACCAACUGGAAAGGACCUUCCCCAUCCUCAACCAGUCCACCGACGAGGUGGUGGGUCACCUGAAGGACGCCUUCUUCCUAACUCUGGACGACAUGCAGCUGUGGCUGGCGGACGGGAUGGACCGAGCCCUGGACCGGGUGGAACGUCUGUCUCACGGCGCCUGGACGGUGGUGAGGCAGCUGCAGGACUCGCAGGUGGGACGCGCCGCCUCGUGGGGUCUGGACGACGUGCUCGGGCGCCUGGAGAACGCCAGCGCCUACUACAUGCCGCUCCCGCCCACGCUGCGUCGCGAGUGGGAGAUGCGGGUUCAGGAGUACGAGGACGAAGACGACGACGACGAGCCCGGCGCGUGGACGCGGGUCCGCGCCCUCCUCCUGAGCAUCAGCCUGCAGCUUUACCACCGCAUGGCCAAAGUCCGAGAACAGCUGGAGGACGCGGCCGGAACCCUGGGGGACGCCGUCCAAGCGGUGGGACUCGGGGCCGUCCUGGAUCUGCUGGGCCAGCUGUUGCAGUCCCUGCAGAGGCUGCUGGUGGCGCUGGUGUACCGCGCGGAGAGCCUGAGGGAGCUGAGCCUGGGCCGGCUUCGGGCUGGAGCCCUCGCGCUGGCCGAGCUCCGUCCCGUCCGGCAGACCCGAGAGCUCCCGUUGCAGGUCCGCCGCCUCCUGGGGGAUCUCCGAGAGCUCUCCAAGAUCCUCGUGCAGCUGGUGAUCAAUGCCACGCCGCUGUACACCAUGCUCCGGCAGCCGUCUGACAAAGAGGUGGAGGACUUCCUGAACCAGGAAGACGUCCGCCCGGACGGCUCGGCCAACAGCCUCUUCCUGAAGGCCAUGGACGGACGUCCUCGGCGGCGCAAGUCUCUCUUCUCGAGGGCCGCGCGCAGCCCGGGUAGCCCCGACACGGCCCCCCCGGGCCGCCGCUCCAGCCUGAAGCAGGACUCGGAGGGCGACGGCCCCCCCGCUCCUCCCGACGGCGCCGCCCAACGCCGUCCGUCGGCCGCCGAGCUCAUCCUCACGCCGCUCAAGGAGUUGGUGUCGCAGAGCCAAAAGGCUUUCGAGUACCUCAACCCCAACUCCGUCAACAGCGCCGCCGACUGACGGAGCCCCGCCGCCACUGCGCGCCGCCCCCGCUCUUAACUCCCAGUCGAUGGCAGUCUGCGCGUUCGCCUUCGCCGACGGAAUACCAGCCAAACUAGUGAAUUUAGCCGUUGCAAAUGACACGUUUCAAGACGCCUUUCUGUCAGACGGCGUCCCCGUAGCUCAAAAAAUUGGCGCCUUCUUGCCUUUCCAGCGUCUUGCCAUCCUUCCUUGCGGUUCCUUCCGCUUCCCCCGGACUCCUCGCCGCACGCGCCGCCCGGGAAUUGCCCUUUGUUCCGCUCUCGCGAGGCUAAGCUAAAAGCAACUGCUCUCUGCUCACUUGGAAACUGGUCUUCCAAUAAAGCUUGUGGCACCUCCA